GAAACGAGCGCCGCGCGAUGUCGAGAUGUCUUUUACGGUGGAAAGCGAUCCGGAUUCGAACAUCUGACGCAUCUGAAAACGGACGUCUGUUGCGCGACUUCCGCUCGGAAACCGGUCGAGUAGACGCGCGUAACGAUUUCCAGUCGCGGUUCAUCUAGUGCCGUCUUUUCCGUAUAGCAGGUUGCAUUUAUCACAGUCACGCUUUUCAACGCAUACGCCCGCCGCCAGAGGAAAGAAGCGAGAGACGAGGAACAUCGAACCGUCUGCUCGAAAACGACGCGCGUUACGCGCCGCUAUGAUAAACGAGACGCGAGAAGCGUUUCAAUAGCUCCAAGGGAAUGAAAACGCUUGUUUCGUAAUGCAGGAUAUUAAAAGAUACAUCGAGGGUAUAAAAUGAAAUUCGAAUGCGCGCGGAAAUACUUUUAGCUUCGAGUCUGGUUUCUACGUAUCCGUACUCCAGCGGAAAACUUUACGAAAGCCUAACGAUUUGCGUUUGGUUUGUACGACAGGGUAACAACAGAGGUCGUCAAUUUCGGAUACAUCCCGCGAAUCAAUAAACAAAUAGCAAACUAUGGUUUCGACCGAUCAACGGUAAUUAUGGGGAGGUAGAAAUAAAUAGACGACAUUUAUCGUCCUCGUGACCGUUACGCCUUUUUUUUCACGGGAUAUCUUUUACGUUUGUCGGGGAACGGAAGCGAGGGGUGGAAUCGUCUCGUCUGCGUUUCUAUUCGCGACGCGCUUCGUUAGUUGCGACGCGCUGGCUAUGAACCGCGUCUUGCGUCUACUGUGCAUUACACGCGGCCCCGAGUUAUGCACUCGCGCACGUACACCAACUACUACCCCGCGUUGAAAGAAAUAACUAACCGACCGAGUCUGUGUCCACGAACGAAUGGAAAUCAUUCUCGAGAAAGAAUCGAGGAAGUGGAGCGUGAACGUAUUUCGAGUCGAGAAGGGACGGUGUGGUUUAUCUUCGAUAUAUCGAGCGUCGAGGAGAGAGCCCGUCGAGCGUUAACCCUAGGGCGCGACGACACCUUUUUCAUGGAAAUUGACGAACGCGCAUAAAAGAAGCGCGAAACGUAACGAGGAUCCUCCUUUCGAACGAAGUCUUGUUAUUACGAUGUCGUGGAAUGCUCGCGUUAGAACAAAUCUUGCCGAUUAUUUCACUCGAUUCAAAUAUCGUAUUGAUUAUUAAAAAUAUAAAUACUUUGAAGAAAAAAAAGAUAUCUGCAUCGGUAGCACCGUAACACGCCAACUAGUUUUCCCGUGCUUUGUAAUUUAUUAAUAUCGAUCGAGUGGCAAAGUAUGACAGUGAUACGGCGCGAGCGGUCUGUGCACGCAGAACGGCCAAGCAAUACCUUCUCAAAUUACACAGUCGCAGUCGCAAUUGCAUUAACACGGACCGAAGGCGAAGCUUCGUCGACGUCGGUCUAGAGUCUAGACGCUGAAACAAGACAGUGUUACGGGCCUCGUGAACGCGACUGCACAUACCUUCGUCAAACGAGGAACGCGAAACGCUAAGAAACGAUCCGUGACAACGUCGUUGCCGAAAAUAACGUUAAAGCGUUGUCCGAGAAUUCUCGUCGAACGAACUGUGCAACGCAACGCGAUGCAUGGACCUGAUGCAUUACCAAGAAGUAAUUAUUUAUUCCCGAUCUUUUUCGAAUACGUUUCAUCUUGAUCGUGAAAAUUAAGCAGCACAAGAGUUAAAGAGAAAACAAUAGAUACGUCCGGAAACCGCGAGAACGAUCUCUAGGCUCGUGCGAAGAAUACGCCGUGAUUGGAUGCGACGGGGAGAGCGAAAUUCGACGGGAGAAUACAGAUGAGGCGGGGGUACAUUCCAGUACCGGAGAACGGAACGGUAGAGUCACCGAUAGUUUCCGAGUGUAAACACGUGGAAUUCGUCUCCGCGAACACUAGCGAUGGAUGUGGAAAUUGUGCCGAUCAUGGAGAACAACGCGAACAGAGUCGAGGGGCUGCUCAGACACGGCAGUAGGGUACAAAUAGUUCGAAAGACACGGACGUCGCUGUUCAUUAUCAUGAGUUUCAUCUACGCGAAGCUGCUGGUGGUGGUGUGCAUCGCUUACGUGAUAAGCGAGGUGGUCACGCACAAGUUGCCGCUCUACUACUACGAGGGUUUCUUCACGUAUUUGUACGGGGUUAGCAUCUUGUUCCUCCUGUACGUCUUCUGCUUCCUACUGCAAGAAAGCGCUUGCUGCGCCAGAGGAAGCGAUUCGCCGCCGCCGCCUCCGCGGCCGCCAAAACCGCCCAAAGAGCCCAAAGACAAGAACAAGAAGAAAGACAAGAAGGACAAAGAGCAGAAGGCCGCCAAGGCCAAGAAAGAGUACCAGGAUGCGGCCGAUGUCGAGGCUGGAGUGGCCACUCGAGCUUUGCGAAAGCGAAAAACUUCGCAAAACGAUCAGAGCCAUGGAAGUUUCUUCUUGAGAAUCGGGGCAAUAGCUUUCGGCUUGGGUACCAUGGUCUACAACGGUUUAGAGUUCGGUACCUUCUUCGAGGUACCACCGACUUCACCGUGUUACCAGAUACUCCAAGGAGUCAAUCCGGUUCUACAGAUGAUCUUCACCUUUAUGCAAAUGUACUUUAUCUUCAUGAACUCAAGGCUAAACAUUCACCGCUUCAAAGUGAUUGCGCGUUUCGGCCUGAUGCACGUUGUCGCAACUAAUCUUUGCGUCUGGAUCCGCACCCUCGUAUUGGAGAGCAUCAAAGAGAUCACGAAGCACCAUCAGAAAAUGGGACAGUUCGAAGCAGGCAUACUCGAGAGCAUCAAGCAACACUCUAUGCGAAACGCUGCAGCCAUAUUGGGAACGGCGCCUCGGGAUCUGUCUCUUUUACGCGAAGCUCCAUUGACCGCCACGAGGUCGUCAACUUCACCUGCUUCGAUAGUUACAAGCACGACCGCCGCCUCGUUUGGUCGACUGAUGAGAACGACAUCGAGAGCGAUCGCGAGGGCCGUUACGACGCCGACGACGACAACUACGACCGACUGGAUCCCUCCGUCUACAACGACUACCACCACCUCCACCACCACCACCUCGACACCCUUGCCCAAUUUAACCGCAACAACGGCAACCACUUUGUCCACUCUCUUAACCUCGUUGAUUCCGAAAACGACCACCGAGGAACGGACCACUCCGACUACCACCGCUACCACCACUACCACCACUUCUACCACUACCGCCGCUACCACCACACCUUUGAAAAUGUUCUCGUCUUUCUUCUUGGAACAGUUCGAUGCUCCGCAGAUGGACAGCCAAGAGGAGGUGCAGCAACUGCUCGACGCGAGCAAUCGCACCAACAGCAGCGACUUCUGGAACAGCCCGCACUUUGGAGGCAUCGCGGCAGCCUUGACGGACGAGGAGAUCGCAUCGAAUUCGUGCGGCCGUGUCAACAUCAUGGGAACCAUCGUUCAAGACGCGGAACCGUAUCUGUUCCCGUUCAUCAUCGAGUACAGCCUGAUCGGGGCAGCGGUGAUUUACGUGAUGUGGAAACACAUCGGGCGACACCCGCGUUGGCCCCAUCAGGUGGAGGCCGAUCUGGAACGACGUCUCGAGGCCAUGCUGUCUCGUAGAGCCGUUGCUUUGGCCCACGCAGGUCACACAAGGGUGGACUGUGUAGGAGCGAGCAAAGGACUGUUCUUCGGCCUGCUGCUGUUGGUCGGCUCUCUGAUAUGCCUGAUUCUCUUCUUCGUGCUGAUCCAUCAUCCAGACUUCGGUCUCGUCGCUAUUUACCUGGCGGACGUGUCCCAUUGCGUGCUGAUGGUGCUAUCGAUCGUGGCCAUAAUCGUCGGCUUCAUCCGAGUACAGAGCUUGAAAUUCAAGGCGGAAGAGCAGAGCGACCUGAACGACAUCUUGCUCCGCGUGUCUGGGUUCGGACUGUUCGUCUACGCGGUGUUUAGCGUGAUCGCUGGCUCGUUGGCGGCGUUCACCCACGAACCCAACCUGCUGGUGAUGCUGACCGGACUCUUGUCGGUCGCACAGGUGAUCCUUCAGAUGCUGUUCAUCGCGGACGUGUCCCGCAGGAGGGUCCACCUGCCGGAGCACGAUCGCAGCAAGCCAGGUCGACAGGUGGUCACUUUCCUGCUGAUCUGCAACCUGACCAUGUGGGUGAUCUACACGUUCGAGUCUCAGAAAGUGAUGGCGAACCCGGUGCAACUCGAUUUCUACGGAUUCCUCGCUUGGGCUAUCGUGCAGAGGGUUACUCUGCCGCUGUGCAUCUUUCAUAGGUUCCAUAGCGCGGUCACGUUCGCGGAGAUAUGGAAGACCAGCUACAAGGCGCGCCUCGAGUAGACGAUCAACAUCGGCCAACCUUUCGUCGGGAUCAAUGGUCCGGAUUGAUCGUCGCGAACAGAAUCGACAGAGAUCGAACGACGGGACCGAGGUUUCCUCUCGACGACUCGAACAUUCCUCGGCUACGCGAUCGACUUGGAAUCGAUCUCGAAUCUCUGUCGAACGCGACACCGAAUAGAGGAUACCAACAGGUAAGAGGAGGAUCCGAAGAUCGUUCGAGGAUCGUAGGAGAAUUCCGGGCCAGUUUGCACGUUCUUACGAAGCGUCCGAACCAGGACACUCGAGAGAUCACGAUCGAGUUUGCAAACGACACGAUCGACAACGAAGACGGGUUGAUCCGAUGGGUUCUCGUCGAGGAGAGAUCGGGAAGACGCAGGUAUCGAACUUGCGUCCACCAAGUCGAAGGUAUUCGCGAUGACAAACGCGAAGCCAGAGAGAAUCACGAAGCGUCGUUUUGUCCUUCUUCAUUUUUUUUUUUUUUACACGCUUUCUGUUUGGUUCUCGGUUCUCUUUGCUUAGAGCAGCUUGGACGUUGCUUCCCUGAUCGGUAAUUGAGACGAGAGAGCACGAAUUGGGAGGGAACAGGUCGGAUUUACAAUCACCGAGAAACAAGAAUCAUCGAAUCGAGGUGACACGAAGCAAACGUUCAUGCGUCGCUACGACGAAAGAUUCGACGCGAUAUUAUACGUGCGAUACACCAAUUCGCAAAAAACAGGGCCCAUUUCCUUUCACCGCGUUUACUCACCUUUUACGAUCUUUAUAUACUGCCGCCAAAUUUUCUACUUUUAUAUAUUAUAUAUGUACCUUUGCCCCAUCGUGCAUCGAGAACAUCGUUGAAAAUAAUUCUCUAAGUAACGCUCUUCGAAGCGUGGAAACAUCUCUUUUCGAACGUCUCUCCUACCAAGGAUAUUCCAAACGACAUUCACCGCUGGUUGGAACAACGGUUCCGAAUCCAUAAGAUUUGCAGCUAGAAGAGAGAAGACGACAAAGUCGAUUGCAAACGUUCUCGGAUAAACGAAGAAUGAACGGACUUCCGAAGGAAUCGCAUCGUUAGCGAACGAAUAGG